AUGACCGAGGAUGUUAGUUUGCAAGAGCUGGACAGCGACAGGUCGGAAAAGAGUGAAGAGACGAAGAUUAUUGUUAAUGUUGGAGGAGUAAGGCAGGUGCUAUACGGGGAUCACCUGAACCUGUAUCCUGACACAAGGCUGGCAGAACUUGUGAACUGUUUAUCAGGCGGUUACGAUAGGAUUUUUUCACUUUGUGAUGACUACGAUCCUGGGAUAAGAGAGUUUUACUUUGACAGAGAUCCAGAUGCUUUCAAAUGCAUCAUCGAGGUUUAUGAUUUUGGGGAGGUUCACAUGAAGAAAGGCAUCUGUCCCAUUUGUUUCAAAAAUGAAAUGGAAUUUUGGAAAGUGGACCUGAACUUCCUGGAUGAUUGCUGCAAAGCACAUCUGAGUGAAAAAAAGGAAGAGCUAGAAGAGAUUGCCCGUCGGGUCCAGUUGAUCUUGGAUGACUUGGGAAUGGACUCUUCCGAAAACAGCUGGGCCAAGUGCAAAAAAUGUAUCUGGAAAUUCCUGGAAAAACCUGAAUCAUCCUACCCAGCUCGAGUUACAGCCGUCACAUCUUUUCUACUCAUCUUGACCUCGUCUGUAGUGAUGUGUGUGGGAACCAUCCCAGAGCUGCAGGUGCUGGACUCUGAAGGCAAAUCAGUAGAGCACCCAGUUCUGGAUAAGAUUGAGACCGCUUGUAUUGUCUGGUUUACUCUUGAGUAUGUCCUCAGGCUCAUCUCUUCUCCUAAUAAGUUGCACUUUGCUCUUUCUUUCAUGAACAUCAUUGACGUUUUUGCAAUCCUUCCUUUCUACAUCAGCCUCAUCCUGACCCAUUUGGGCACCAAAUUGAUGGAAUUAACCAAUGUACAGCAAGCGGUCCAAGCCCUUCGGAUCAUGAGGGUGGCCAGGAUUUUUAAACUGGCACGCCACUCCUCGGGACUACAGACACUGACCUAUGCGCUUAAGAGGAGCUUUAAGGAACUGGGGCUUCUCCUGAUGUAUCUAGCCGUUGGGAUCUUUAUGUUUUCUGCCCUGGGUUACACAGUGGAGCAAAGUCAUUCUGAAACCUUGUUUAAGAGCAUCCCUCAGUCCUUUUGGUGGGCAAUCAUCACCAUGACCACCGUGGGUUAUGGAGACAUCUACCCAAAGACAAUGCUGGGGAAACUCAAUGCGGCUAUCAGUUUCCUUUGUGGGGUCAUAGCCAUUGCCUUGCCCAUCCACCCCAUCAUUAACAACUUUGUGCGAUACUACAACAAGCAGAGAGUGCUAGAGACAGCUACCAAGCAUGAGUUGGAACUGAUGGAGCUCAAUGCAGGGGAUCAGAAAGGCAGCGGCUCCCAAGAUAAACCAGCACACCUUCUGGGGGAUGGAAACAAACAUUCCCGAUGGAGCAGUCACCAGAAAUUCUCUCACAGUGACACUUUCAUUCACCUCCUGUCAGAUGACAACUAUUACCGAACCAGGCUUCAGAGUUGCAAGUAG